GCGUCGAGCAGACCACUGAACGCGAUGCCCUCCCGCCGCACCGUGUCUCCAGCGGAUGCUACACCCCGAGCCUCUACAUCGCGGUCGGCUGCUGCUAGCACUAUCAAGCGCAGGACCACACGGCCGGGAACAGUUCUCAAGGUCAAGACAGAGCCGCCAGACUUUGCAAAACUGCUCAGUGCGACACCCGAACCGCCUUCGCCGACCGAGGACAUCAUGCUUCUCUCGGGCAGUCCGCGCAAGAGCAAGACAAAGACGCGGACGAAGGUUACUCACGGCAACACUGGGACACGGCGGACGAGGUUCGAUUCAACUGCCCCUGACUCUGAACUCGACAUACGCAACUUCGACCUCGAUGCAUUCUCUCCGCUGCAAGGCCAGGCUCUGUCGCGUCUCGAGGCAGACUACCCCCGUCUCCAGACCCUCUCCCCCAACCCGACCGUCACUCCCCGCCCGUCCGCUGCAACACCCCGCGUGUCCAAGUCGAGCAAGCGCAAGACCGCCCACCGCUCACCCGCCGCGCACCUCCUCCACACCCCCUUCAAGACUAACCAGCCCAACUUUGAUAAACUACUCAGCGCGACACCCGAGCCGCCUUCCCCGGGCGAAGACCCGAUGCUACUUUCAUCAAAGCCGAAGCGCAAGAAACGCCGAGAACGCGCUACACCCACUCCCUCCCCGCGUCACACCUCCUCGUCCCUCCCCGCCUACCACGAGUCGCCACCUUCGCCCACCCCGACUCCAACCCCGUCCGUGGCCCCGUCCGACGCCAUACCCCUCUCCGCUGCGCCGUAUCCCUCCACAUCAUCCUACACAAACUCGUCGCCGCUCCCGCCCGCGUUCGCAAUUCCCUCACCCGACGCUGUCGAUGCCGACGCGGGCUGGUCGGACGACCAGGUAGACGAUCACGCUACGCCCCGUGGUUAUAAUCACACCCACGCCGACGUCGAUGCCGAUGUCAAUCGCGAUGCCACCGCCGCCGACGGCGAAGGCACAGGCGAAUACACAGGCCGGUACACCACCGUGCGCGUGCCGCUCAGCGCCGAGCCCCCGAGCCCUGCAAGUGCAGGCAAGGAGCGCGUCGACGAGUGGGGGCGCCCGCCGAGCCCGUUUCCGUACAGGCUGCGCAUGGAGAGUAUGAGUCCAAGGAGCAGUGUGCCGGAGGAUGUGCAGGAGAUGCAGAUGGAUGGGGUGCUGGUGGAGCAUCGCCAGGAGCACCAUCAGGAGCAGGAGCACCAUCAGGGGCAGGGGCAGGAGCAGGGGCAGCGGUCGGUGAGGAGGCGGACGGAGCGGGAGCUGCAGAAGGCCCGAGAACGACAGCGGGAGAGGGAGAGGGAAAGCGCGGUGCCCACGCCGAGCAACGUUCGGUAUGACCAUGAUAUUUUCCGGUCUGGAGCGAGGAAGAAGAAAUCGAGGGCGCAGGCGGAGGUGGAGUCUAUGGACAUCGACCCGCCAGAGCCACGGCUCGAAGCCCACGAAGACGCGGAGAUCCACGAGGUCACAGCCGAGGAAGCCGACGCGGAGAUCGACGCGCUCAAGCUGACCACGCCGGACCAGGAUGCGCACGAUAUGGACGCGCUGGGCGACGAGAGUCCGUCGGCGACUAUGGUUGAGGAGGACGCUAAUGGCAAUGGCAACGGACACGACCGUCCGCCCGGGAAGCCGGCCAGCUCGUCGUCUGCGUCUAUGAGCUCGACCUCGACGGCGUACACCCGGUAUCAACACUCGAAAUCGCCGCCAAAAUCCAACGGCUUCGCAGCCAGCGUCACCAAGACCCCGGGCAACGCCAACGCGUCUCUCACGUUCAGCACGAGCUACGCAUCAGCAAAGACACCAGCGACGACGGCGCGGAAGCGGCGGCUGUCGCGGCUCGAGCUGCUCAGGACGCCCGGGUCGUCGACUGUGCUCGAGGGCUCGUCGAUUCGCGAUAUUCUGCAGAGCAAGACGUUUCCGUGGAGGAGUGCGCCGGUGGAGAGGGAGUUUCCGAGGUUGGGGGAGGUGGGGGAGGUAGAGGCAGCGGCAGAGGCAGUGGCAGAGGGGGAAGCGGAGAGAGAGGAGCAACUGGAGGAAGAAGAGGAAGAAGAUGAGUCGGGCGACGAGACACCGUUCGAGGACGACGACGUGAUCAAGAUCACGAGCGGGGACCCGCACGCAGCUGCAAGGGCCGCCGCCAUCCUGCGUCUGCACGACUACGACUGCCUCCUCGCCGCCCGCGCCAAGUCGCGCGGCAAGUCGCGCGGCAGCUCCGUCGGCUCGUCGUCUAGACCCAGCUCUCGCCUCAGCACCGGCAACGGUGCCAGUGGCGACGGCACGCGCCGCCGCCGUUCCAUCGCGGAGGGCGGCAUCGUGAAGCGCCCGCGGCCGAGCCUGCCCGCAACCGCUCAGACUAACGGCUUCAGCGCCAACGCCCGGCGGCGCGUCACGCUCGGCGAUGUCCCGCGUGGGGGCGGGGACAGCGAGCUGCUGAUGAGCGAGGUGGAGGAGUUCGUGCAGGACCCGCGGUUCUUGCUUGAGCAUUCGCCGAGGAAGCCGCGUGCUUCUGAUCGGCGGUCGUUCGGUACUGCGCGGGGGUCGAGCAGGAGCGGGAGCGAUGAGAUCGAGAAGGAGAGGGAGAAGGAGAAGGAGAAGGAGAGGGCCGAGCCGAGGGCGCCAUCGAACAGAUGGACAAAGGACGACUGGAAAUGCCUCGAAUGGUGUCUGCGCGAGGAGCUCGCCGCGCUGCCGUCGACGUCGGUGGUGCAGAGCGUGCUCGACAAGGUCGCGCCGGAGGACGUCGUCGAGCGCUUUGUCGCCGAGCAGGGCGGGAGCGAGGGGCUGUCGCAGCGCGGCGCUACAUGGACCUUCGACGAUAUGCUGCUCCGCGUCGAGGCGCUACGGAAGAAGAAGGAGAAUAAGGUCGCGCAGGCGGGCGCGGGCGCGGGCACUGACGCGUUUCUGGCCGCGGCGGGACUGCUCUCGCCGACGUCGACAUCGUUCACGUCGCUCACGCCCACCGCGCUGCGCGCCAACUCGGCGGCGGCGUUUCCCUCGACAGAUGACGCGCUUUACGGCCCCGGGCCCGAGCCCGGGGACGCGGGGCUGCCGAAUGGAAACACGCUGAGCGAGGCGGGGCAGUCGCUGUACGCCCGUCUGCUCGACGAGGCGCAGCGCCUUGAGGACGCGGGAACCGAGACGACGCCUGUGCCGGAGGUGUUGCCGCCGAGCUCGAUCGCGUUUCCGUCGCCGGAACCGGACCCGGAUCCACGGGCGGAGCCAGAGCCAGAGCCAGAGCCAGAGCCGCCAGCGUCUGCGUCUGCGUCUAGCUCGACGUCGGCGUCGGGCUCUGCAUCUAGGUCCGCAUCUGCCGAAGAAGCGGGCGAGGACGAGACGCCGCGCGAACAUGCGCAUGAGCUGAACCCACACGCACAGGCGCUCCCGCGGCAGUCGUUCCCCGGCAAGGUCAAGGGCGUGCUCUUCUCGUAUCUUCCCUCGUUCUCGCGCGGCUCGUCGAAGGUCUCGGUUGCCGAUAGCCAGGAUACCGUGACAGCCGACAAGGACAGGCAUAACGGCACGGACAAGGACAAGGGCCCGAGCGGGAUGAACCCGCUCCCGCCGCCCCCAGAGGACCGGCUCGCGCGCGCACGCGCCGCCGCAGCCACGCCUGCGCGCAAGCCGAUCGAGCCCGCGCGGAUCCCGAGCGUGCAGCUCGCACACGCGUCGCCGACGCGCAAGAAGCAGCGCGAUGCCGCCGCGCGGCGGAAGGAGGCGCGACGGCUCGUCGAGCUGCGGCAUGUCCCCGCGGCGCCGCAGCCGCAUUUAGCGCGAACCAACGCCAAGCAGCCGCCGGCGCCGGCGCCGCUGCAGCUGCAGCGGCGGGCGAGGACGAGCAGCGGUGCGAGUGUCAAGGACCUCGUGAGGUGUUUUGAGGAUGUGAAUACUGCGAGUGUCGGUGAGGAUAAGCGGGCGGGGUCCCGCGCGGGGACGUAUUCGAGGCCGGGGAGCGCGGCGAGCGGGGUGAGGCCGAGGUCGGCGAUGUCGAUGAAGGCGGGGGCGAAUGGGAAGAGGCCUGUGUGGAAGCCAUAGUCUGUGAGGUUGGGGUUUUGAGUGGGUCCUUAUUUAUCCCGAUUUAUGUUUUUUCCCUCUUCUUUUCUUUUCUUUUUGCGUAUACUGUCACGAGCGUUAACUGGCCGUGGUCAAGCCUUAUUAUCUUCUGACCAUGGUCACCUCUUGUUUUUUAAGGCUUAGAUUGUAUGUUGUUUUUCAAUCUGU